UCCGAAAGCACAACGGGUCGGGGUCCUCCAUUUCCGGCAGCAGUUCGCGACGGACACCCGCUUUUCCCCGUCGAAACUCAGUCGUGGAACUCCGGACACAGCGCCGCUGGCCUCUCUGCAACGCGUCGAACUCGCUCUCGAUCCAACCCCCUGAUCUCCAUAUGCGUGCCACUGCCAUCGCAAAACCCUAGACCUUCCCUUCAAUGAGCGGAGUCGCCGCCGCCGCCCGAUGCUCCGCCACGAGAAUGACGUCGGCCAUUUUCAGUCCCUGUGAUCCCACCGCCUUCGCGCCCGUUUCUCUCGCUAAAGCUCUCUCUUCCAUCGCCUCUCCCGCUGCUUUCGCCGCCGCCGCCGAGCCCGAGCCGUCGGAUGUUUCGUCUCAGCUUCUCUCGAUCCUCACGUCCCCGAAUUGGCAGAGGAACCCUCGGCUCAAGAGGCUGAUCCCCUCGAUAACCCCGUCUCAUGUUUCCUCCGUCCUCGCUUCUAAUCUCGACCCUCGGACGGCGCUUGGGUUCUUCAAUUUGAUUUCGCAGAGACGUGGGUUCAGCCACAACGUCCAGUCUUAUUCGGCUUUGCUGGCCAUUCUGAUUCCUAACAAGUUUUUUCCUGUUGCUGAGAAGCUGCGGAUCGCCAUGAUAAAAUGCUGUGGUUCAGUGGAUGACGUGCGGUUCGUAUUGGAGUUUUUAUCCCGGAUGAACGGGGAAGGUGAUUUGAGAUUUAAGCUUACCGUGAGAUGCUAUAAUACUCUGCUGAUGGCAUUAGCGAAGUUCUUGAUGAUCGACGAAAUGAAAAAUGUGUACAUAGAGAUGUUAGACCUGAAGGUUCUACCAAACAUCUAUACUUUCAAUACAAUGGUUAAUGCGUACUGUAAGUUAGGGAAUCUGGUUGAGGCAGAGUUUUACGUGAGAAAGAUUUUGGAGGUGGGUUUGAGCCCGGAUACAUAUACAUAUACCUCCCUGAUAUUGGGUCACUGUAGGAAGAAGGAUGUGAAUGGCGCCUAUAAGAUCUUUGUGCAAAUGCCACAAAAGGGUUGUGCAAGAAAUGAGGUUUCAUACACCAUCCUUAUACACGGUCUCUGUGAAGCUAGGCGGGUGGAUGAGGCUCUGAAGUUAUUUUCUCAGAUGGGGCAAGAUAAUUGCAGCGCUUCUGUUCGAACAUAUACAGUUCUUAUAUGUAGUUUAUGUGAUUUGGGUAGAAUAUCAGAAGCAAUGGAUUUGUUUACGGAGAUGCCUGAGAGAGGUUGUGAGCCUAAUCUUCAUACCUAUACUGUCAUCAUUGAUGGUUUCUGUAAGAACAAUAAGAUCAGUGAAGCCCGGAAAUUGUUGGAUGAAUUGUCCGAUAAGGGCCUAGUUCCAGGUGUUGUCACUUACAAUGCUUUAAUUAACGGAUAUUGUAAGGAAGGAAGAAUAGAUGCUGCAUUUGAUAUUUUAGGUUUGAUGGAGUCAAAAAAAUGUAGUCCAGAUACUCGUACAUACAAUGAAUUGAUAGACUACUUUUGUAAGAAUAAGAAUGUGCACCAGGCUAUGGCAUUGUUUAAUAAGAUGGCUGAGCGCAACCUCCCUCCGUCUAUUGUCACAUAUAAUUCUUUAAUUCAUGGUCAAUGUAGACUAGGGGAGCUGGAUAAUGCUCAUAGGCUACUGAAAAUGAUGGAAGAGAGUGGUUUAGCUCCUGAUGUUUGGAGUUAUAGCUUUAUUAUGGAUACUCUUUGUAAGAGGUUGAGGAUUAAAGAAGCUUUUGCUUUACUGGAUUCAUUGCAUGAGAAAGGUAUCAAAGCAAAUGAAGUGAUAUAUACAUCGUUAAUUGAUGGCUGUUGUGCAUCUGGAAAACUUGAGGAUGCCUGUGGAUUGCUUGAUAGGAUGCUCUUGGAGGAUUGCAAGCCAAAUUCAUUCACUUACAAUGCUUUGAUAGAUGGAUUAUGCAAAGAAAAGAGAACACAAGAAGCAUUGAUGAUGGUGAAAAUAAUGCUCAAUCGGGACUUGAAGCCGACGGUGUAUACUUAUACAAUUCUGAUUAAGCUGAUGCUUGCUGAAGGAGACUUCGAUCAUGCUGAUGAGCUUUUGGACCAGAUGGUCUCGUUGGGAUAUCAGCCUGAUCUCUUUACUUACACGUCGUUUAUCUAUGCAUACUGCUCGCAAUGCAGACUAUAUGAAGCAGAAAAUUUGAUUUCUAAGAUGAGAAGAGAGAAAAUUGAGCCCGACUCAGUUCCUUACACAUAUUUAAUUGAUGCAUAUGGGCAUUUGGGAUUACUUCAUCUAUCUUUUGAUGUUCUGAAACGCAUGUUUGAUUCUGGUUGUGUGCCUUCUCACCAUACCUAUGGUCAUUUGCUUCAGCAUUUUUUAGAUGGAAAUCAGGUGAAAGGGGAAAACCUUGCGGUCAGAAGGGAUAUUUUGACAUCAAAUAUCUCAGCAGUCGAUAAAGCAGAUGUGUGGAGGAUUGUGGAUUUUGGAACUGUUUUGAAGUUUUUCGACAAAAUGCUCGAGCAUGGUUGUGCUCCUAAUGUCAACACUUAUGCCAAGAUCAUUAUAGGACUUUGCAAAGUGGGCCGCCUUAAAGUAGCGGUUCGAAUAGUCGAUCAUAUGAGAGAUAGAGGCAUGAAUCCUGAUGAAAAAACUUACAAUGCUCUUGUUUGCUGUUGUUGUAAGAAGGGAGAAUACAGAGAAGCAAAGAAGAUGACAGAGGCUAUGAUCGAGCAGGGCCAUUUACCCCUUCUGGAGUCUUCUAAGCUGCUUAUAUGUGGCCUAUACGAUCAGGAGGAGGAUGAAGAGGCUGAACAUUUUUUUCGUAGUCUAUUAGUUUGCGGGUACAAUCAUGAUGAAUUAGCCUGGAAGCUUCUAGUUGAUGGGCUACUUAAGAAGGGUUUUGUUAAGAGAUGCUCAGAUUUGCUGCAGGUCAUGGAGAGGAAAGGCUGCCAACUGCACCAUCAAACUUAUACAUUGUUGAUUGAGGGACUUGAUGGGAUGUGAAUUGAAAUAAAAUAUUGUUUUGACUGGAGGCUACCGGCAUUGCUGUCACCGGAAACAAUGUGGAUUACUUGCUCAUCUAUCAUUUAAAGAACUGGAAAAAAUGACUGCAUAUCGUGGACGACACUGAACAUAUGUUAAAAUGCAGCUGGAAGGAGUACAAUUGCUUCCGGGGAAGAAAGAAUAAUUGGAAACUGUUGCACAAUUGCUGCCCUCUGCAACAGGAUAACUAUCGGAAGAAUGAUUGACAAAUAGAAGUAUGUCAAAGUCAGCCAAUAUGGAAACCAAUUCUUGGGAAGCACGUCCAAUAGUUUAUGGCAAAUAUAAAGACCUUGUUCAGAGAAUGCUUACCACAACACCUAGGAAGUACUGCAACUGCCCGAAUUCUUGGUUUGGAAAUGUGAAGAUGGCUUUUCAGUCAAUCUAUACCAUCUAUAUCUUCUUAGGUCCUUAACGCUUUGUUUGUUGAAUCAAUCUGUGGCAGUUAUGUUCUCCAGUUAUUCAUCUGUCUGUUUGUCAUAAUUGGCUGUUUGACUGGAAAAUUGCAGCUAUGAGUGAUCGUGUGUCUGGCUUCUGAAAUUUUGAUGGAAAUCUCGUUCGAUGUGCUGGAUGCAACCAAUUCUUACCCAGUUGAGUGCUUUUACAAAAGUGGGUUCAUUUUCUUCUGUAAUUGUUGAAUGCCGACUUUCUCAUAUCUUAAAUUAUCUUUAAGCAUGCACGCACUCGCACAAGCAUGCAUGCAUAUGAAGAUGUUGCAGUCCUGACUGAGUUAUAGUAUUCACUAUGAGUGAUAUUAGUUAUGAUUACUGUUGGUUCUAUGCAUGGUUAAUGUGAAUGAUAUCUGUUGCAUCAUUAAGUGUAAUAAUUUAAGUGACUGGUGCAUAUUGUGGUGAUAUAUAUUUGAGCUAAACUAGUCUUCUAGUAUUAUUGUUGAUAAAUUAACUGAAUGGAGUUCUUUCUCAACUAGUUUGUGAUCAUGACUAGUAUAGCUAACAUUUAUAAGAGAAGAUGAUGAAUAAAAUGGAUAAUUCGGGCUUUCCAUUAGAGGCAUGUCUUUUUGACUAAUAUCGAUCUCAUAGUGCCUAAUAGAUUGUUAUGCACAAAGAUGGCAUCUUGAUAGAUGUUGGUCUACACUAGUAUUUCCUUCCCUACUGUGUCUGAGCAUUCAAUGGAGUGAUGGACUGUACGAUCAAAAUGAGGGUAUCUGAAGUAAGCACCUACACUGUCAAGGGCUCUUGAUUGGGUAAAUUAUUGAUUAGGGGUUGGAUAGGGCCUCACUUUUGACUGUAUUUAUGUGUGUCACUGUAAUUGAGGGCUGUAAACUUUGGAUUGGAUAUCCUGUCUCUUGAACUUAGCGCUUCCUAUCUGUUGAAUCGAGCUUUUUAGAAUCCCCAAUUUGCUUUUGUGCUCCUGUUUUUUCGCCUUUAUUUUUAAACUCAAAUAUUGCGUAAAAUGAAAUUCCCAAUUUCUUAGAUUUCUUAAGUAGCUGGGUUAGAAUAUGCCAAGUUCAGAUUUGGCAUUGACUCUUAAUAGAACUUUAAAGGCUUCUCUGCUGCCAAGUUUAUCCGAGUUAAAAAGAUGAAGUCAGUUUUGAGUGGUUUCUCGUAACAUAUUGUUGAAUCAUUUGCAGAAUCCCGUUUAAUAUAGGACCAGAAAAUAUGGUUGUUUUCCUUGAUUAUGACGAAGUGCAAUUUGAUUUUUGAUCAAAAUUUAAAAUUUAUGAUAGGUUUACAGUAUGCUGCAUCAUCAAAGGAUGUGGGGAAAGGAAAGUACCAAGCUACAGUCACUUUGUACCAUCCACCGAUCUCGUAUACUUCUAUUUUGUUUCCCCUUUAAAUCAAUCUACAAGUGAUUAACAACUUGUCAGUUCGUAGAUUAUGUAUAUGGCUCUUGGAUCAUGUUGUUGCUUCCUGUUUGGGACAAAACUGCACAUUUUUCCUUUGUGUUUUGUGUGUUAGAUUUUGUGGAUUACGAGCUGAAGUUUUCACAGACAAAUAGAUGCAUCAAUCGAACUAGCAAGUACUACACCUCAAUGUUAUCUACAUGGACAGCAAAACAACAUGAAUUUCCAGCUUUAGAUUAAGUAAAAAGUAGUUUUCUUGAGCUAAAACAAAUGGAACCUUAGUUCAUAUAAUCUCUGAUGUUCCUCAACGUUUAUUGAGAAGAGGAUGUGUGAUGAGUUUUCAGAUGUAUUAUGUUUGGCGGUUGCAUUAUCCAAAUCCCGCUGUAGUUUGAUGAGUGUUAUACUAUGAUGUGCUUUGACUUAUAGUGAACGAAUGCAGCUUUACUGUGUUGAGCUUGAGUUGUUUUAUAUUUACACCCAAUUCAAUCUCAGUCAGAGUCUCUCAUGACACUGGGUUGGCUGUUGAAUUGAUUCGUCCAAUAUACACGAGUUGUCUGGAGGCUGUUGAGAGAAUGGCAUUGGACACAUGGAAGUUGAUCCAAGUUCGCCUCGGAAACAUGUACUGCCUCUGGUUGGAGUAGAUAAAUUUAGGCCUGAUUAAUACCUGCAUAAGAUUGUAUGUGCUAAGUCUCAAAUGUUUUUUUCAGUCCGAACGGGUGAUGAAUUAUUUC